GACAAAAUGUCUGCGAAUUCAACUCAACUUACACAAAGCCCUACGGAAAGAAAUGUGCGCUUGGGUUUUUACAUCGCCACUUUUGUUAUUGGACUUAUCGGAAACCUUCUGGUGCUAAUCGUAAUCAUUGCCAAGCGAGCAAAGAAAACUGUCAACGAUUUGUUCAUCAUGAAUUUAGCUGUGUCGGACCUGAUGCUUAUCUUCUUUCUCCCGCUGCAUAUCUACAAUAUGUUUGACACUAUUCGUGUCACGGUAUUUUUCUGCCAUUUUAUUCGUCCUCUCAUGACAGCAUCGUUCUUCGUCAGUGUCUACACCCUCACCUCAAUGGCCAUCCAUCGGUGUCACGUGAUCUUACAUCCCUUCAAACAGGAAAUUCGCCACAGGUCUGCUGUUUUAUGGAUAAUAGUGCUGUGGAUCAUGUCAUUUGCAAAUGUUCUUCCAUUGAUGAUUGUCACCACACCUUACCCACCAUUCGAAUGUCUUGAAAAAUGGCCGAGUCUGAGUCACAGGCGAGCAUAUACAGCUGCACUCUUUGUUCUUCAGUACAUCCUUCCACUGGUGAUCAUCGCAAUAGCAUAUAUCAGAAUAGGUUUAGAUCUGAACCGCUCAUGUUCUCGUAGUUUCCGGAAUGCCAGGGCUGCCAAAAGCCCGGAGAACCAGGCAAGACGGCGAGAAAACUUUAAAGUAACUAAAACUCUGGCAAUAAUCGUAAUGAUAUUUGCUGUGUGUAUGCUACCCAGUCAAGUGGGAUGGAUGUUGUUGGAUUUUGGUGACAAAGAACAAAAAGCGAUUGCCAUCAAGGUGGUUUUUAAAUUUUCCCUUGUUCUUACAGUGUUUCACAGUUGCCUGAAUCCUCUUGUUUAUGGAAGCAUCACUAAACAGUUUCGUCGUGGCUACAUCAGAUAUCUGUCGUAUUUCUGUUGCUGCUUUAGAGGUUCCAUCCUAAGAGAGUUUAAGAUCAUUUCAGAAAGCUCGUCACAAAAUCGCCGUGACGACUUCAAACACACGCACAAUGGACUUAAAAGAAAUGGCGAACUCGAAACGAUAUGUUCUUUAAAAUCAAGAGAAAUUCAAGAUGAAUCAUCUUCAAGCAACGAGAUAUUUGACGUUGUGACCGUAAUAUAGAGAGGACUUUAAAAAUGUCGCACUGUAUCGUUUAGAGAUAGAAUAACCUUCCAGUGUGUUUUGAGAUUUAUACAGCAAUGACACAAAAUACAUAUCCUUAACUUUGUUGUAAGCCGGGAUAAAAUGUAUAGUCUGCACAAUACAUCCUAUGGAGUACAAGAAUAUAUUUGCCUAUCUAUUUA